AUGGCGAGCGCCACAUCGGGCCUAACGCCCGGGCUCACGCCGCCCCGCAUCGUGUCGCCCUCCCUCCUUUCCCCUCCCGCCGCCUCGUCCCCCACCUCGCCAACGUCCCUCGACCUCGCCGCCCUCACGAGCGACAGCUUCGUGUCCGAGUCCGACUGGCUCAACGACGUCCUCGGCGCCACCCUGCCCGGCAGCGGCGCAGAUGCCGCCCUCGCCGACGUCGAGUCGACCCUCACCCGUUCCCUCCACUCGCUCGACCUGUCCGUCACCGACACGUCCGCCCUCGUCGACCGCCUCAUCAGCGACAUCUCGCUCUCGGUCCCUCGCCUCGCGUUCGACCUCCAGCUCAUGCGCGAGAACGCCCUCCUCCUGCGCUUCACCCUCGACGGCAUCCGCAAGCGCGGCGGUGGCUUCGGCGCCGAGAGCGAGGUCGGCAAGGUCCUCGAGCGCAUGAAGGUCCUCGACCUCGUCAAGCAGCGCAUGGAGGCGGCGCGCGACGUCCUGCGCGAGGCCGAGAGCUGGUCGACGCUCGAGAGCGAGGUGACGGGCCUCGUCGGCGAGGGCCAGUUCCAGAAGGCCGCCGAGCGCCUCGCCGAGGCGGCACGCUCGAUGGUCGUCUUCCAGAACACGACCGAGUACGAGGCGCGGCGAGCCCUCAUGCUCUCGCUCCAGAACACGCUCGAGACCAGCCUCAGCAGCGGCCUCGUCAAGGCCAUCUCGGAGCGCGACGUCAAGGCGUGCAAGCAGCUGUGGAACAUCUUCAGCAUGGUCCAGCGCGAGCAGGAGUACCGCGCCUACUACUUCGGCAACCGCCGCACGGCGCUCGUCGAAGGGUGGACCCACGCCAAGCUCGUCGACUCGCUCGAGGUCCCGCCGGCCCACCUGUCGUCGUCCUCGACCGCCCUGUCCGCCUCUCAGCAGACGCCGCACAAGUUCUCGUCGCACCUCGUCCAGUUCUACUCGGACCUGCAGACCCUCCUCGCCGAGGAGCGCACCUACGUCCCCGCCAUCUUCCCCGACCCGGCCCACACCCUAUCUUCCUUCAUCGAGACGACCCUCGAGGGCCUGUCGCCGUCCGUCCCGCAACGCCUGACGGCCAUCGCCGACUUUUACGGCCCGCUCGUCCUCCCCGAGCUCAUCGCCGCGUUCAAGGCGACCGAGGAGUUCGCUGUGCAGGUCGAGCGCACGUUCGCCAAGCUCGAGCCGGCGCCGUCGGCCGUCGCACCUGUCGUCGCUUCGCCUGUCUCGCCGGGCGCUCAGCCGCCAACGUCGCCACGACAUGGCCACAGCCCGUCGACCGGCUCGGUCUCGAACGGCGGCGGGCUCGGCGCGCACUCGGCGCAGGUGCGGCCGUGGGAGACGGCCCUGUUUGAGCCGUUCCUCGACUGGCAGGUCGAGUACGCCGAGCUCGAGCGGCGGUACCUCGGCGCCGAGGUCGAGCGCGCGCUGAGCAACCCGAGCGAGGGCGGGUCCGGGUCGGACAAGGUCGGCGCCAAGGUGCUCCUCGACAAGGUGCAGCGCGUGUUUGCGCUCCUCGAGGACGCCGUCGGGCGCAACCUCGCCCUCACGCACGGCUACGGCGCCAAGGGCCUCGUCGACGUCAUGAACGACGUCCUCGUCGCCUUCUUUGACGAGCGCAAGGGCGAUCUCGCGACGGCGGCGGCCCUCUCGGGCGGCGGCGGCGGCGGUGCGGGCGGCGGCUCGGUCGACGACGAGCACGAGAUGGCGCUCGAGGGCCUCGAGUUCUCGACCGACGACUGGUCGACGUUCCAGUUCGGCCUGCGGCUCCUCGACACGUGCCGGGCCAUGGCCGACCGCCUGUCGGCGUUCGAGGCGAGGGUCAAGUCGCGCAUGACGGUGCUCGCCCACGCUGUGCGCGAGGCGAGGCUCGACCCGGCGGGCUACACGGCGCCGGGCACGACGCGCGGCGCCAUCCUCCUCCUGCGCCAGUCGACGCUCAACUCGGUCGAGCUCGCCGACCUCCUCGACCCGCUCGAGAAGCCGUCGCCGUCCGAGGUCCCGCACCACGCCGCCGGAUCCCUGUCGCACGCCGCACCACCCGCACCGGCCCCGACGCCGUUCCUCCUCCCCAAGGCGCGCGGCGCCGCCAUCGACUUUACCCGGACGACGCAGCUCUUCCUCCACGAGACGAUCCUCGCGCCGCUACUGUCGCACCUGGCCGAGUACGCGUCGCUGUCGUGCUGGGCGACGAGCGAGGCGCAGCGUCCCGGCGGCAAGGGCGCGUUCGACCUGGCGAUCCCGACCUUUUCGCUGUCGCCGACCGAGACCAUCUCGCGCGUCGGCGAGGGCCUGUUCAACCUCCCGCGCCUGUUCGAGGUGUACGCGCAGGACGACGCGCUCUCGUUCUCGAUCGAGACGCUCCCGUUCGUCGACGUCGAGUCGCUGCGGGCGCUGCAGCAGCCGAGCGCGCCCGCCGCCGCCGCAGGGCCCGCCGGCGCGCCGCCCAUCGUGUCGCUGUCGGGCCCGCCUGCGCCCGCCGCUGUGGCCGCGCCGGCGCCGCUGAGCGCCGAGAUCGUCAUCGCGACGUGGCUGUCGUCGCUGACGCUGUCGGUGCUGUCGCACCUGACGGCGUCGGUGCUGCCGUCGGUCGCGCGCCUGUCGAAGCACGGCGCGGCGCAGCUCGUGAGCGACCUCGACUACAUCUCGAACGUGGCGCGGGCGCUCGACGUCGAGAGCCCAGAGGAGCUCGAGGCGUGGCGCGAGGCGGCGGCGCUCGACGAGCGGCAGCUGAGGGGCGAAGCAGAGGGGGCGGACAAGGUCGAGAGGGGGGUGCUCGAGCGGGUGGCGCGGAUCCGGGGUGUGCGGCGCGUUGGCGUGUAGAUGAUGCAGUCACAGAUGCUCUUUCGUC